CUAAUGGUGGCCUUCUUUGCUGUUGCGAGCUACAAUGCAUUGGAGAUAUUUUUUUCAAUCUUUGAAAUCUUUAAACGCCGCCAUGGACUAUACUUCUGGAGUAUGCUAGCAGCAACAUUGGGUAUUCCCCUCAACGUCACUUUCAGCAUAACCUCUAUUUUCACCUUAAUUCCCAUCAUUCCUUCCGUCAUUGGCUAUCUACUGGGGUAUUAUCUCAUGAGUGUUUCUCCAUUGAUUGCUCUUUACUCUCGCUUACACUUUGUCAUUUCAAAUCCUCGAAGGCUUCGAUGGAUCCUAUAUGGCAUCAUCGCUCUCUCCUUAUUCAUAAUUGUUACCAUGACAAUCUUCAUUUUUUGCCAAGUUGCGGGUCUCUCACACUUUAAAAACUACCGACUCAUCUGCUGGAACGUCACAAUGACCUGUCUCUGUGUGACCGAGGUAUCUCUAUCUGGGGUAUACAUUCGAGAAGCAAUCAUGAAUUUGAAGCCUGUGUUGAGGAUGAAGGGCCAGGAAGGGAGAAAACUGAUACUGCACCUGGUCACCCUCUAUAUCUAUGUCAUUAUUCUCCUUGGCAUCUUUCUGAUACUCAUUUACACGAAACAUUACGUCCCUGCGCUCGGUUACCAUAGCUUCGUCUACAGUAUCAAGCUCAAAACGGAGUUUGCAAUCCUCAACAAAUUGAUCUGCUUGGUCAGG